CACAAUAUGCACGCUAUGUCUUCACAUGCUGUGUUGUGUGUUACAGCAAAUAUUAUAUAUAUUUUUAAACCGCACACCUGGAUUGAUUUCUGUCCAUUUGUGCGACAAGUAUUGGAGGCACCGCUGGGAUGAUUGAUGCUUAGCGCAUGGCAAAUCGAACACGCGCACGUACACGCGCAGUGAAGAGGAAGAGGAGCAAGUGUGUGGCGCCAUCAAAGAAAACGGACUUGGAGGAGUCAGCAGAGAUCGCAUCUGACAAAUUAAGGCGUUUACAGAUGGACCAGCUAAAGCUAGUGUGGGUGGAAGCUAAAAUCCCAAGUGAUGAUGUUAUAACAAGGUGGGCGUUAAUCAGAAAAAUAGAAGAAUCUAUGGACAGUGUUAUUGAUGAUGACGAAUAUCAAGUUGCAACAAAAAUACUGAAACUAGCAGAGCAAGCACAAAACAUGGAAAGUAGUAAUGAGGAAGAAGAUGCAGUAUGCACUCCACAACACAGCAAUGGAGUACACAAGGAAGUUUGUUUAGCAGAAAAAUGCUCACAGCUGCAAUUAAACAAUCAAGCACUGGAAGAUGAAGUGAGGAGGCUGCGUGAAAGAGUGAACACUGCAUCCUCACAGCCGGCACCAGCUCACCAAAACAUGAUGCCUACAGCUGUGAAGAGGCUUCCUGAAGUAACAAUUAGGAACGAUUUCAAGAUUUGUGGACAGAUUGGGGAAAAGGGGCAAAAAGUCAGACUCUCUUACACCAAUUUAAAGGCCUACUGAAACCCACUACUACCGACCACACAGUCUGAUAGUUUAUAUAUCAAUGAUGAAAUCUUAACAUUGCAACACAUGCCAAUACGGCCGGGUUAACUUAUAAAGUGCAAUUUUAAAAUUCCCGCCACACUUCCGUUCGAAAAACUCAUUUGCAUAUGACGUAUGCGCGUGACGUCACAAGAGCUACGGAAGAGGUUGGACCCUAUCGGACCCGACAUAAAAACCUGUGUUUUCGACAAAAUUCCACAGUAUUCUGGACAUCUGUUGGUGAAUCUUUUGCAAUUUGUUCAAUUUACAAUGGAGACUACAAAAAAGAAAGCGGUGUGUUGCUGCGGGAUGUAGCAACACAAAGACAAACACAACUGGUGUUGCAUUGUUUUAUUCCCAAAAGAUGGCGGCCAAGCUUUACUAUGGAACAAAGAAGUCAAGCGAACACGGUUGGAUUGGACCACACACACAAAGUACGGUGUAUUAUGCAGCGAACAUUUCGAACAAUCAUGUUUCGAAGAGGGUCCCUUGCAAAGGGCAGCGAUGGGCAUCGCCACCACCCGUCGACUCGUGCUGAAGAAAGGUGCGAAGCCAACUAUUUUCAACAGACCACGGCCAUGCUUAAGUGCAAGUUCGACAAGUUCAGAGCACCCCACACCCUCCACAAGUGGACAGACUGUGCACAUGAGGUCUGCAUUUGCCAAAAGGGAAAGGAAGAGGACAAUAGAUCAGAUCAUGGCCAGUACGACUACGGCAUCAGUGGCGGAUGCGGUGGAUGAACCAAUGGCAAUGGCACUAGAUUCGCCUGAUGAGGAGGGUGAUCAAGAUCAGGGAAAUACAAGAGAACAAGGAUGCCAGACGGACUGGGUACCGAUUGGGAGAGCACCAACAGCAAUGACCAGUAGCAAGAGCACCCAAACAGGGACACAGUGCCAAGUUUGGUACCUACACCACAAUGGAGCUUGUGGCCAAUGUGGUUCUCGACCUUCAGGUUGUACAGAGCAACGAAUGUCUUGGCAGCUACCAUAUGGAGAUGGAAGGACUGAAGAGGAUGGUGGAGCUGUUUAUCAGCUGGGACCUGGAUGUCGGGGUGCUGGUGACAGACCGACACAGACAGAUCGCUAAAUGGAUUCGCGAAAACAUGCCCAAUACACGGCACUGCUAUGACAUCUGCCAUCGGAAAGAAACUGGCCAUCUACAAGCAUAAGGACUGUGAAGACCUGAAGCCCUGGGUGCAAAGUAUAAUCAACCACCUCUACUGGGCAGCAGUGUCUACACCGCCUGGAGAGGGGGAACUUCUGGUUGCCAAGUGGAAGUCUGUGGAGCGACACAUUCAGAACAUCCACAAGGACCAUGGCGACCUCUUCCCAAUUUGUACUCAUGGACAACUGCAACGGCAAAAGAAAUGGCUCAAACAAAGUUCACGCUCAGCAGUGAAACUGGAGGAGGUGGUCAACAACAAGUCCCUGCUGAAAGAUAUCGCCAUGCUGUCGGGUGAACACCAGACUUCCAAGGUGGAGGCGUUCCAUAGCCUUAUCAUACAGUUCGCACCAAAAAUGUAUGUCUUCUCAUACAUCGGAAUGCUGUGCAGGAACCUGCUUGCUGGGCUGCACUGGAAUGGAAACUCGAGCCGCCCUAUAGCCACUACACAAGCGGGUGCUGAGCGCUAUGCAGUAUGCUAUGCAGUACGCUACCCGAAGUAUAAAGCAGGGGGCCAUGUGGUCAAGAAAAUCGCGACAGAGCCAACAUACCGCUACGUAGAUGACUUGAUCAGGGAGGUUGUUGCUGGCUGCAGACAGACCCCUGACCAGAAAACACCAGUCAGCGUCACUGUGGAUGUGCCUCCCUUCCUCUGCGAUGAACUGGAGAAGCCAGACAAGGAGGAAGCCAUCGCCAAGCACAGGAGUCGCUUCGGUAAGUGUUAACUGCCCUCCCAGUAACAGUUAGAGAUGCUACCUCAGUAGAAGCAUUUAAGUCCCAUCUUAAAACUCAUUUGUAUACUCUAGCCUUUAAAUAGACCCCCAUUUUUAGACCAGUUGAUCUGCCGUUUCUUUUCUUUUCUCCUCUGCCCCCCACCCCACACCCUCUCCCCCUUGUGGAAGGGUUAUUCCGGUGACCAUGGAUGAAGUGCUGGCUGUCCAGAGUUGGGACCCGGGUUGGACCGCUCGCCUGUGCAUCGGUUGGGGACAUCUCUGCGCUGCUGACCCGUCUCCGCUCGGGAUGGCCUCCUGCUGGCCCCACUAUGGACUGGACUCUUACUAUUAUGUUAGAUCCACUAAGGACUGGACUUUCACAAUAUUAUGUCAGACCCACUCGACAUACAUUGCUUUCGGUCUCCCCUAAAGGGGGGGGGGGGUUACCCACAUAUGCGGUCCUCUCCAAGGUUUCUCAUAGUCAUUCACCGACGUCCCACUGGGGUGAGUUUUUCCUUGCCCGUAUGUGGGCUCUGUACCGAGGAUGUCGUUGUGGCUUGUGCAGCCCUUUGAGACACUUGUGAUUUAGGGCUAUAUAAAUAAACAUUGAUUGAUUGAUUGAUUGAUUGAUUUCUUUUAUUGAUUAAGUACAGUGGCCAUGUGGAUUGUGUUGCAGUCACUGCACGUCUUGGAACCCCGUGUAGUCCAUCGAUGGGAAUGUUGUCCUAAUCUUAUGUACUACACAAGCUGGUAGUACCACCCUUAUCUCCUUUCCCAGACAUC